UCCCAUUUGACUCAAGAUGACUUUUGCCAUUCAAGAAGUUGAAAUUCAUAUACAUUUUUAAAUGAAUUUAGUUUCAUAUCUUGCUUAAGAGAGUCCCUUCUAUCCCCAAACUAUAAAAUAUUCUCUGUACUUAAAUCCUCUCAAUUUUAUUUUUCCGUUGAGAUCGUUUAUCUACUGGGAUUUAUUUUUGCACAUAACACGAGGCAGGGAACGGAAUAAUUUAAAAAAAAAAAAAAAACUGCCAGGCAUCCGAAGAGCUUAAGCAAAAUCGAAGGAGCGGUGGACAAGUACGCUCUGGGUAUUUCUGCAAGCAGGAUUAAGGUCAGAUCUUGGAAGCAUUUCCGGUAUGCUUAAAACUAUCAGGGCGGGAGAGCGAUUUAUAAUGCAAGGAGUCUAGCUAGCAUUUUAUGCUUCCGCUCCCCAGUGUCCUCGGGAUGAUCAGACGGUUUCCUAUCUAGGAACGUUGGAUACGGAUUCUCUCCGCACCCUCAGCGACGGAAUAUCUAUCUGCUCAUUAAAAAAGCCACCUACUGAGGUCAAUCAAAACAUUCCGGGCCAUCAAGGGCAAAAACUGCCGGAGAGAAUCAGCUGUCCAAUAGUGAGGGGAGGGCAAGCGGGACGACGCUCUGCGCAUGUGCGCUCUCUGUUGAAACUCUCCCGGGGUGCUCUUUAGCAAGUCCGGGCUUCCGGCCGGUGGCGCAUGCGCAGCCUAGUUAUUGCGCUGAGCGACUCUGUAGGUCAGCUCGGUGCUCAGGGCCCUCUGGGAAGAUGGCCGGAGCCGGCAUGGCGUCUCUGGGCGCCUGGGUACCUUGUCGGAGGUGGAGCAAAGCGGCCGUCUUUGGCUUCCACCGUGGCUUCACCGCAUUAUUCAAAAGGAAGCUCGAGGGGACGCCACGGUGGCUCCCAGCUUGCAGACAAAAGACAUCAGUCUCUUUCCUUAGUCGACCAGACCUUCCAAAACUGGCUUAUAAGAAGCUAAAAGGCAAAAGUCCAGGAGUUAUCUUCAUCCCUGGCUAUGUUUCUAAUAUGAACGGUACAAAAGCAUUGGCGAUUGAAGAGUUUUGCAAAUCUCUAGGUCACGCCUAUAUAAGGUUUGAUUACUCAGGAGUUGGAAAUUCGGAUGGCAACUUAGAAGAAUGCACAGUGGGAAGAUGGAGAAAAGAUGUUCUUUCUAUAAUUGAUGACUUAGCUGAAGGACCGCAGAUACUAGUUGGAUCUAGCCUUGGAGGUUGGCUUAUGUUUCAUGCUGCAAUUGCAAGGCCACAAAGAGUUGUUGCCCUUAUUGGUGUAGCCACAGCUGUAGAUGGCCUGGUGACACAGUUCAAUCAGCUUCCUGUUGAGGUCAAAAAGGAAGUAGAGACGAAAGGCGUGUGGGCCAUGCCAUCAAGGUACAGUGAAGACGGAGUUUAUCACCUUCAGUACAGUUUCAUUAAGGAAGCCGAACACCACUGCUUGUUACAUAGCCCUAUCCCUGUGACCUGCCCGGUACGACUGCUCCAUGGCAUGAAAGAUGACAUCAUACCUUGGCAUACAUCCAUACAGGUUGCUGACCGAGUGGUCAGUGCAGAUGUAGAUGUCAUCCUCCGAAAGCAUAGUGAUCACCGAAUGAAGGAAAAAGCAGACAUUCAACUCCUUGUUUACACUAUUGAUGACUUAAUUGAUAAGCUUUCAACUGUAGUUAACUAGAAUCACAUUUUUAGUUGGUAUGUAAACUAACAGAUCCAGAAGCUUGGAAGAGGGAUAACAAAUGAAAGACCCCGAUACUUGGGUUUUUUCCUCUUGUCUCUACUUUGUAAAUAUCACAUGAGUAUUUAUUCAAUGAUGUAGGAUACAAAUGGUGCAGAUCGUGAAGAAAGUACAAGCUGCUGUUUGGAAAAUUUUCUCCUUCCUUCAAUCUUUGAUUUUUUUAAAUUGAAGUAUUGUUGACACACCAGUGUUACGUCAAAUCACAUAGUGAUUCGACAGCCCUAUAUGUUACACUGCGCUCACCACAAGCGUAGCUAUUGUCUGUACGAUACGGCGCUAUUACAAUACCACUGACUCUGUUCCCUGUGCGGUACCUUUCAUCCCAGUGGUUACUCAUUCUGUAGCUGGAAGCCUGUAGCUCCCACUCUUCUUCACUUAUUUUUGUUCACCCACCCACCCCCUCCCUCUGACAACCACCAUUUCUCUGUUUAUGUGGGUCUGUUUCUGCUUUGUUUGUUUUGCUUUUUAGGUUCCACAUAUAAGUAAAAUCAUACCAUAUUUUGUCUUUCUCUGUCUUAUUUCACUUAAUUUAAUACCUUCUAGAUGUAUCCAUGUUGCAUGGUUGUUUGUGGUUUUUGUUUUGUUUUGUUUUGUUUUGUUUUUUUCAUUAAAAUAUUUCCUACUUUUUUGUUCAAGAGAUGUUUACCUGCUAAAUGCUUAUGUUAAAUCGGGACAGCUCUUAAUUUGUUGUAUUCUUGUCUACUUAGAAUUGUUAAUAAAGCUGGAAUUUUUUGUCUUU